UAUAACUUGACGUGUCAGUAUAUUUUUUGAAAUUUUGGAUCUAAACCAUCAAGAUAAAGAAGAACAUAUACUCUAAGAUUUUGUCUCUAUGAGAAAAUCUUCAUUUGAGAAUGUUGUCGCUGCAUUUCAAUGUCCACUUGAACGACAGGUUUCAAUUUAAAGCAAGACAUCAAAAAUAAGUAAAUAAAGUGAAACCAGCCUUAAUGAACACUUUAUGUAUUCCUUCAAUCCAUCCACCAAUGUCAAAAAUCGGUCUUCAUUUUAAAUGUCAACAUAUUCGUGUAUUUUUCUUUUAUUCUUUUCUAUUCUAUUACAUUUUCCUUCAAAAUGGUAUCAUGAGUAAAUCACCUGUUGUGUCCGGAUUAAAAUAUACAAAAAGAACACUAUACUUGAAGAGUUUACUGUCGAAUACUGCUACACUCCCUCCACAUUCCUCCUAUCAUCAUUUCUACCACAGCUAUCAACAUCGUCAUCCAUAUUGGGCUAAUUAUUCUGCUACUAUUAUGAAGUCAAAGUUUUCCAAUGAUUAUGUUGAUAGUUCAUUUGGUUACCAUGACAAUUCACGUGUUCAGUGUGAUAAGUUACCUGAUAAUCUAUGUUUGCAAAAAUAUAAACGAUUUCUAACGUCUUAUGAGGAACAACCACAAUCACUAUCAACAGUAAAACCAAAAGAUUCAGAUACUAUUCAACAACACUUCAACUUGUAUGACGCUCACAAGUAUAGACGAAAUUUAAAACAACUUUCAAAGUUCAAUGAGCCUAGUCUUCUAAAUAAACUUCAUUUUUAUACAGAAAAUAAAAAAUUAUUACAUAUAAGUAAUUUAAUUGAAUCAAAUCAAAUCAGUUUAUCAAAAUGGCUAUAUCAGCUUAUGCAUCAAACAAAUUUAACAAAAAUUCUUGAUCUAACAGGAAAAUUAUCACAUUUAAUAUUGGAUGUAGCAUAUGAACGAGUUAAAUUUAUUCUUCUAUAUGAAUUUAAACAAACGUUACAAAAAUUGUUUGAAAUAGAGUCAUCAAAUGGAAAAUAUUAUACAAAAUCAUCAUCUAUUUCAAGAGAACUAUGGAGAAAUUUAAUUUAUAAUAACCUUUAUGCAGAAUAUAUUAUUAAUGAAUUCAAUUUACCUAUUGAAUCAUUGAAACCAAAGAUAAUACAAUCAAUUUUUAAUGAAAUUGAUUAUAAUGGAGAUGGAAAAUUUACACCAUCAGAAUUGGAAAUCUUUUUACAAUUCUAUGAAAUAAUACCUUAAUUCUUUAAAAGGAUUAUCAUUAAAUCGGUGUGCAAAAAUAAUUUUCAAAGACUACAACAACAUUUGUGCUAUGCAUAUGAUCAAACAAUUAAAUAAUAAUAAACAGAUUGCACAUUCCAAUUAAAAGUUCUUUCUUUAAUUACCUAUCAUUUAUUGCCCAUUCUUCUAGUGUCUACUACUCUAUUCUGUAAUAUACCUAGUCUGAUAUUACGUCGUUUUACUGUCGUCAGCUUUAUCAUCGUGAAACUAUCCUACUUCAUUGUGAA